AUGGAAACGGAAACGAAAAAAACGGCAAUAUCUGAGUGUGCAUUUUAUGCAGGUGUUUUAUCAAGAGUAGACUGUCCUUCGAAUGAAACUGAAUGGAAGACCAGGUCCAAAACAAGAACGUGUCAGGGAUCCGAUGUCUACCACUGUCUAGUCAUGGAGGACGGGAAAACAAGGGAAGAGAAAUGUAUAGAGAAAACAUUAAUACUGAACGGACAUUGCCCAAUCUUCACAUAUGAUUAUUAUCUCCACUGGAAGGCUUGUAAUAAAACAGGCUGUCCCAGCGUGCCUUACCGAAGUGACGAAGUGUACAAAUUUCCUGUUUGUUUUGACAUUGAAAGGGAAGAAAUGGGUUUUACUGGGAGCCAAAAACCAAGAAGCAAGGACAAUACUCUUGUCUUAAAAAUCGGCAUAUCCCUGGGAAUCAUAGCAGCUUUAUUGGUAAUAUCCAUCGUAAUUAUUGUAGUCAUCAAGAGGAGACGAAAAAACCUGCCGAGUCUCCUUGGACUUUUGAAGAAAGAAGAUUCCGGCGUUGAUGAUACCGAAUUAGGAAAACUACUUAGAAAACAAAAACCUGAGUACAUAAGUAUUAGUGUUCGUCAACUGAAAAGAAAGAAUACAAUUUUUAUCAUUGGACAACUUGGGAAUUCUGUGUCCACUGCAGGGAAAGCAAUAACCACAAAAUACGCAAAACGUCAUGGAAUGGACCACAAAUGCUAUAAUUAUUUAGAGGUUUCAGACAAAUUUUUUAAAUUAUGCGCUGAAGAAGUUUUUGAACCAAAUACUGUGAAUUUCAUUGAUGGAUGGGGUGGAUUGUGGAAUGACAAUCCGUGUGAAAGAUUUGGAACUCUAGACACGCUGGACAAAGUUGUCAAGCACAGCGAAACUAGUGAAGAUAAAAGGUUCGUAAUAGGACUUCGGACAGAGAUUAGAGAGAGAUUACAAGAAAAAUUAGAUAGGAUUGGUAUUCGAAUUGGAGAAAACGAAAGACAGUCCCUUGAUUCUAGCACCAAUUACAAGAUAAAAGUUAUUAAGAAAAAAAUUGGAUUGCUUCAACGUUUGUGUUUAGAUAAAAAUUGUGUUUGUAAAUCUUUAGACGAUGAAAAAGUUUCUGGAAUCAAUCAAGUACGUAUCGGCGCAUAUCUGGUUGUUAAGUUAAUGAGUUUAGAUCACACGAUGAUACCAGACUUUUUAGAUAAGGAGAAAGGCCCACUGGAAGCAGUACGAAAUCAUUUUGAGGGACUGAUGGAAGGUGAAAGAACUUGGCGAUGGCUCCCGUAUUUUGUAUGUUUAGGUUUUUAUGAUAAAGAAGAAUUUAAGCCAGAAAUUGCGCAUGAAUUUGACGUUACGGAAAACAUGCUCUCUGAUGGUGAACAUAUUGCUAAAUACACAAAAACAAUACAAAACGAUAAACUUGCUCCAAUGUGGUCAGAAAGAUUCAAUCUAUCAAAAAGCAAAGACGAAGAACCAAGGAAGGUGCUCGUCUUCUGGCAUAAUUUUCUUUACAUCUGUGCCUUUCAUGCAUGCUACAAAAAGUACCCAGAAAAGAUGAUGGGAUUUUGCAAUCUUGAUGCCAUCCUUCAAUUAGUUCGCCCAAAAAGUCAUCCUGACUCUCUCGCUAUUAUAGCAAGCGAUGAAGACAUAGAUUAUUUUUGCGAGGUAAGAUUAAAAAAUCUUGCAGAUGACGAUGUAUUUUUGGAGCAUCCGUUAGUUCAGGACUGGAGAAAACGGAAAGAUGAGUAAAUACAGUACACAGAAUGUUUUGGUUUAUCUAAGCCAAAGGUGCUUAGAACUAAAGCUUAGGCAAGUUUUGGGAUCUGUAAGCGUUUUGGUAACAUCUUGGAAUAUGGCAAUCCAUAAUUUAUUAGAGUAUCUUUUGGCCAGAAGCUAUCAAUAUAAUAAAGAAGGGGACGUAACUCUUAAAUCAAUCAAAGCAUGAUUAUAAAAAAAAAAAAGAGAUGAAAAAAAUUGAAGCUGUUGGUAAAAUCAGCCACAGAAUAAGCAAAAGACGUGAAAAAAUUCAAAAACAUAGCUUUUUCUUUUUUUCCAAAACAACAACUGUCCAACAAUUUAUCAAAUGAUCAGCCAAGCUCCCGGUUCUUUUGUUUAAAAUGUAAGAAGAAAAUGCAAUAAUUAAAUUUUUCUUACCUUCACGAUUUUAACCCAAUAGCCUUCUAUUGUCGGAUAUUUUUGUUCAUUUUUCGAUGAAUGCAUGUAUAAGUUCAAGUCAGGGGCCAAACAUUUUUCAUAUUUCUAAUCUCUGUCAGUAUUCUGAACCGUUACAAUAG